AUGCCUUCCACCUCACACGUCAAAAUCACCGAGUACGUCGGCCCGACGGCCGUAGGCGAGCGCAUCGCCGCCGCCGUCAUCCUCGCCGCCUACGCGGCCGGCAUCGCCUCGCGCUGGGCCGUCCCCGGUAGCACUCUCUGGGGGCUCCUCGAGAAUCACGCGCCAGGCGGCGCGGAGAACGCCGUCCGGAUCGCACGCUACGGCGCGCUGCUUCUGGCGGCCGCGCACGGCGCCGAGGUGCUGCUCUUCGACCAGCUGCGGAUGCGCAAGCACGGCGUGCCGCGCUGGUCAGGCGUCUGGUGGCAGUGGCAGCUGAGUGUCUUUGUCGAGGGCAUGGGCGCGUGGGCGCGCAUUGGAAAGCUGAUUGCGAAGAAGCAGGCAGUGCUCAAGUCGAAAUAG